AUGGAAACAGAAAUCACUUUAGAGAGUCUUCCUGCGGUUUUGGAACGGGAUACGCGGGUGAAACUCGCCGGAAUCGAUGCAGAUGGCAUCCUUCGCGGCAAGCUCGUGUCAAAGAAGAAGUUUCUCUCAGUCGCGCAAAAUGGAUUCGGAUUCUGCUCCGUUAUAUUUGGGUGGGACAUGCAUGACCAGACAUAUUUCAAAGACCUGGGAAUUAGCAACAAGGAGAACGGAUACAGGGAUAUGGUAGCAGUUCCGGAUCUGAGCAGUUUCCGACGAAUACCAUGGGAAGAUAAUGUGCCGUUCUUUCUAGUCAGCUUUUUCGACCCCGAUACCCACGCUCCAAUAUCUGCUUGCCCGCGAGGGUUACUGAGGACAGCUGCUGAGAAAAUAGAGAAACUGGGCUAUAGAGCCAUGGUUGGCGCGGAAUAUGAAUUUCACCAAUAUCGCGCUCCGUCGACCUCCCCGGGGGGUUUCGAACGAAACUCCUCAGCAACCGCAGCGUUUCUCAAGGAGAACCCUGUCACUGCGCUCCAACCAUUGACGGAAGGAAUGUUCGGUUAUAGUCUUACAAGGACCGUGCAUAAUCAAGAGUAUUUCUAUGCUAUUUUCAACAUGUGUCAGGCCUUCCAGUGUGACAUCGAAAGCUGGCAUACUGAAAGUGGUCCGGGAGUAUUUGAAGCCGCCCUUGAGUUUGGUGAAAUCAAGGAAAUAGCUGAUCGGGCGGGAUUAUUCAAAUACGUCGUGAAAUCUAUCGGCAGCAAGUACGGAAUCACGCCAGUUUUCAUGGCUAAACCACGACAAGGAAUACCGGGAAACAGUGGACAUAUGCAUUUCUCCAUUGUUUCAAAGACAGGGGAGAAUAUAUUUAGCCGCGAAACGCCCGAUCCCUCACCCCCAUAUCCAGAUGUGGCCUACCUCUCCGACGUGGGAAGGCACUUCCUCGCCGGUAUCCUCGAUGGACUUCCCGAUAUCAUGCCUAUCUUCGCCCCAACCAUAAAUUCCUACAAGCGUCUAGUCGAAAACUUCUGGGCCCCCGUCACCGUUUCAUGGGGUCUGGAGCACCGAGCAGCAUCCAUCCGUGUAAUCGCGCCGCCAACGUCGAAGCCCAAGGCAACCCGUCUGGAGGUACGGGUCCCCGGCGCAGAUGCGAAUCCGCACUACGUCCUUGCCGCGAUUCUGGAGCUGGGAUGGAGGGGGGUGGUAAAGAAGCUUGCCUUACCUGUUCCGCCGCUGCCUAAGGGUGAGGAUGUAGGCGGCUCAACUGACCAGGGAAUACGGUUGGCGAAAACUCUCAAGGAAGCAGUGGCUACUUUCAUGCGAGAGGGCAGUGUGGCGAGGGAGGUGUUUGGGGAUGCAUUUGUAGACCACUUUGGGGGAACGAGAGAGCAUGAGAUUUGCUUGUGGGAGGAGGCUGUGACAGAUUGGUAA